AUGGAGGAAUGUGGGUCCCCUUUUUGGCCUUUCUCGGCGCUUCCUCGCAAGGGAGCAGUCGUCGGGCAAAAAUCAAGUGAAACUCCCGGGGGUUUGAACGUGGCCCGAGGAGCGCCCACCACAGAGUCACACAUGAAUGUGAUCCCUCUGCUGAACCGCGAGCGGAACGGCAGGAGGAGCUGCCCGCUAGGCGAGCCCGAGAGCUGUCCGCCCGGAAAAAUGUCGGAGGAACUGCCGUCAGGGCGGCCGGAGGAGCCCCCCGCCCGGGAAAAUGCGAGGACCACCUGCCCCGGAGCGCGAAGAGCCGCCCGCCAGGGCGUGCGAGGAGCAAAAGGUGGGUUGGGAUAUGCAUUUAACACCAGUUUGGGGGGGGAUGCCCGCCCAAAAGGAUUUGGGGCAUUUGGGCUGCCCGGGGAGCUGCCUGCCAGAAAGUGUAGGGGGAGCUGCUGCCCGGGGGCAUGCCCGGGGGAGUGCUGCCGAGGAAUGCCCCAGGAGUGCCUGCCGAGAAAAGCCAGAGGAGUGCCCGCCCAGGGCAUGAGAGGAAAUGCCUGCCGAAGACAGCGGAGGGCGCCUGCCGAGGGGAAGCCGGGGAAGCUGUCGGGAGUAGAGGGAGUUGGAUUCAAACCAGCCUACGGAAAACAGAAAGGCUUCCCCAGUGGAUUCUCAGUAACAAACCACAUCCUGCGCUCACUCAAAUAA